AUGUCACUGCAGAUGAUAACAAUCAGUAAUAAUAUAGCCUCAAUUCAACCAGGCUUCUCACUGAUGAAUUUUGAUGGACAAAUUUUCUUCUUUGGCCAGAAAGGCUGGCCUAAGAGAUCCUGCCCUACUGGAGUUUUCCAUUUUGACAUAAAGCAUAACCAUCUCAAACUGAAGCCUGCAAUUUUCUCUAAGGAUUCCUGUUACCUUCCUCCUCUUCGCUACCCAGCCAUCUGCACAUUCAAAGGAAGCUUGGAGUCUGAAAAGCAAUAUAUCAUUCAUGGAGGGAAAACACCAAACAAUGAGCUUUCAGAUAAGAUUUAUUUCAUGUCUGUUGUUUGCAAGAACAACAAAAAAGUUACUUUCCGCUGCACAGAGAAAGACUUGGUGGGAGAUGUUCCUGAAGCCAGAUAUGGUCAUUCCAUUGAUGUGGUAUAUAGUCGAGGCAAAAGCAUGGGUGUUCUCUUUGGAGGACGCUCAUACAUGCCUUCCACCCAAAGAACCACAGAAAAAUGGAAUAGUGUAACUGACUGCCUGCCCCAUAUUUACUUGGUGGAUUUUGAAUUUGGAUGUGCUACAUCAUACAUUCUUCCAGAACUUCAGGAUGGGCUGUCUUUUCAUGUCUCUAUUGCCAAAAAUGAUACCAUUUAUAUUUUAGGAGGACAUUCUCUUGUCAAUAACAUCCGCCCUGCCAACCUGUACAGAAUAAAGGUUGAUCUUCCCUUAGGUAGCCCAGCUGUGAAUUGCACAGUCUUGCCGGGAGGAAUCUCUGUCUCCAGUGCAAUUCUGACUCAAAUUAACAGUGAUGAAUUCAUUAUUGUUGGUGGCUAUCAGUUUGACAAUCAAAAGAGAAUGGUCUGCAACAUUAUCUCUUUAGAGGAUAGCAAGAUAGAGAUUCGUGAGAUGGAGACCCCAGAUUGGACCUCAGAUAUUAAGCACAGCAAGAUAUGGUUUGGAAGUAACAUGGGAAACGGAACAGUUUUUCUUGGCAUACCAGGAGACAAUAAACAGGCUGUUUCUGAUGCAUUCUAUUUUUAUAUGUUAAGAUGCUCUGAAGAUGAUGUGAAUGAAGAUCAGAAAACAUUCACAAACAGUCAGACAUCAACAGAAGAUCCAGGAGACUCCACUCCCUUUGAAGAUUCAGAAGAAUUUUGUUUCAGUGCAGAAGCAAAUAGCUUUGAUGGUGAUGAUGAAUUUGACACCUAUAAUGAAGAUGAUGAGGAAGAUGAGUCUGUGACAGGCUACUGGAUAACAUGCUGCCCUACGUGUGAUGUGGAUAUCAACACGUGGGUACCAUUUUAUUCAACUGAGCUCAAUAAACCUGCCAUGAUCUACUGUUCUCAUGGAGAUGGGCACUGGGUCCAUGCCCAGUGCAUGGAUCUGGCAGAACGUACACUCAUCCAUCUGUCAAAAGGAAGCAGUAAGUACUACUGCAAUGAGCAUGUGGAGAUUGCAAGAGCUCUACAAACUCCGAAAAGAGCCCUACCCUUACAAAAGCCUCCAAUGAAAUCUCUCCGCAAAAAAGGUUCUGGGAAAGUUUUGACUCCUGCCAAGAAAUCUUUUCUUAGAAGGUUGUUUGAUUAG